AUGACUGAUCACAGAAUAGAAUGGAUAAAAGAAAAAGUUCGUAUCUUUUUUGGCGAGUCGGAUGACAGUCUUUUUAAUGACCUGCUCAAGCGAAGUGGAGUAAGCAUUUUAGAGAAAUUUAGAGCCUUCCUGGAUGAUGAUGUUCUUGACCCAAAUAUUUUGGAACAAAGAUUGUUGCUUAUUUAUAAGACUUACUAUGACAAAAUCAUUGAAGAAGAAGUGUUAGUUCCAGAAGUUGUAAAAAAACCUCCCAGUCCACCAGAGCCUCCCAUUCCAGAAGUUCAGGUUGAACAACCUGAUGUGACCAAACCUGAAGAAACAACAUUAAAAGGAAAGAAAGGAGACCAGGUCCAAGAUGAGGAGGAACAAAAGACAACAGAUAAAGGAGAGGAAGGUGCAGAAACAGUGGAAGCCAUUCCAGGUGGUACUGAUUUGCAAGAUCAAGCUCAGGGUACAAGUGAGGAACCUGAAAAUGGCACUCAACCUACAGAAGGUGUACCUCAAACAGAGGAACUUCAUAUUCAGCCAUCCGAAAUGACAGCCAGAGCAACCGAAUCUAGGGUGAAAUCAUCGGCUACCAGUACAACAUCAAAACUUUCUCGCACUCACAAACGCCGUGCAAGUCCAUCUACACUGGUGGAGACUCUAGGUGAUGGUGGUGUAGCAGACACAGAGCCAGAACCUCCAGUAGAAUAUGUACUUGUAAAGAAAAUUGUGGAACGUAUUGUGAAAGCACCAUCACUGGAAGCAAUAUUUGGCUCACCACCUCCUGUGGGAUGUGUUGUCCGAGGACAGCACUUAUUGUAUUUCUUACGGCAAUUUGAAGAGAGUAUUCCUGCCUGUAAAACACAAGAGGAAGCUGAUUGUGAAAUGACACACCAUGUAAUUGUGGGUAAUUGUAACUGGGCACAACCUCUUGGCUCUGCUUCCCAGCUGCUGCACAAAGUAGUGAAGCCUCUAUCUUCAGUUCAGUUCUGGGAGCCCAGUGUGCAUGGAACAGUACCGAAACAAACAGUAUCUGGAGCUGAUGGCAAAGGUACUGCAGCAGCAGCAGCUUUCAAGUGGCCGUCAGAUUAUAGACGCAUGUCACUUGCCUUAAGGAAAGGUACUAGAUACCAUGAAGGAGAAAGCCCCACACCAUCUGAACCUGAUAAACUACAACAUGGAGGAAGUUCUCCACUACACUCAGAGCCUUCAUCUGGCACUGCUGCAGACACACUUUUUGGAAAUGUGUCCAAGGUACUUGGUGCUAUUGACUGGACACUGAAACAUAUUGAGGCUGACAUCCAGUUACAUGUACCAGAAAUACCAGAACUCCGUGAUCCUAAUUGUAAUUUUACAGUCUUAGCAAUGGAUAGCCAGAUAGUAGAACAACUUGAAGAAGUUGUUAUGGCCUGGGAAAGACAUAUUACUAAUGUUACAGAAACAUUUCUUGCUAAGAAACCAGCAGAUGAAGGGCCGAUUGCAGAAUAUGAGUGUUGGCACGAGCGUGAGACUGGUCUUAGUAUACUGGUAGAACAACUGAACACUCCCAGUGUGCUUCAGGUUCUGCAGCUGUUGCAAGCAGGAGGUUCUCAAAUAGGGGCUGGAUUUGACCAAUAUAAGGCUGAUCUUGUUCGUUACUAUGAUCAGGCUCAUGAUAAUGUCAAAUUUCUGUCCACACUUCUCAGGCAUUUUAAGAUGAUAAAUCAUUGCGAGACAUUUGGCCCAGUGCGUGACACACUUCCAGGCCUCAUGGAGGGGCUACAUACAGUGUGGGUUCUCUCACAUUUUUACUGCACUGAUGAGCAAAUGGUUCCCCUCUUUGAGAGAAUUGCCUGGGUACUCCGGAAAAAAGUUAGUUCAGUACUUGAUGUUCACACACUAUUCAAGCAAUCCCUAAAACAAAUUUUAUUUACCAUAAAUGAAGCAAUUGAGAUGCUUGAAAAAUGGAAAAGUUCAUAUUUUGAAAUGCAGCUAAAAAUUGAACUUUCUGGUAAAGGUCAAAGAUGGGAAUUUGACAAAAAGAAACUUUUUAAGGCAACUGACUACAUGGCUUCUGUCUGUAGAGAUCUUUACCAGUUUGCCAAGGUGUUGCAAGAUUUUCAGAACAUUUAUGGUCCAGAGCUGAAGUCUAUUAUCAGUGAUCCUGCACAAAUUGAUGCAGUUGUGAAACGUGUUGAAGCACUUGUGGUACCAGUUGAGGAAGUUGACUUUGAUAUCUUUAGUGAUAAGAAUGAAGUUAACUGGCAAGACAUAAUGACUAGUUUCUAUAAGGAGGUAGAGCUACUGGAGAAUGAAGCAAAAUAUUUCAUUGAUGAAUGCUUCAAGAUUCUGAGAUCUUCAGAUGAUGCGUUAGAUAUGCUGCUGAAAUUUAAGCACAUAGAAACGAGAGAAGCCAUUCAGAAGCAGCUAAUGUUGAAAUUUGAUCAUAUAAUGCGGCAGUUUAAUAAAGAAAUAUCUGCUGUGGAAGUUGAGUUUACGCGUGGACGCAGACAUCCUCCUUUGCUGAGAAACCACCCUCCUGUAGGUGGGGCCAUAUACUGGGAGAGAUUUCUCUUCAAUACACUAAAGAAAUCUGUGCUAACGUUUCAGAAAGUAGAGGAUCUCAAAAAUUCGUCUGUCAAGGAUAGUGCAUUUGCUAGUUACUUAAACAUUGCCAGACAGAUGAAAGCAUUUGAAGAGACAAAGUUUGAACAAUGGAAGGCAAGUGUCAUACCAAAUAUAUCUACAUUGAUGAAGAAGAAUGUCCUCAAAAUUGUUUCAAAAGAUCCAGAAAAGGAGGAAGAAGAAAUGUUAGCUGCUGCAUAUACGCAGAAAAAAGUAAGUGGUCAAUCUGGUGCCAUGGUUGGCUGUACUGAAGCUAGCUCUGUGGAAACAGCAUCCACUGCUAGCCCCAGUCCAGGUAGCAGUAGAAUCAAAGGAAGUGUUCGCCGCUCAGGUCCUGGAAUGGCAGCUGCUGGAGUGGCACUAAAAUGGGUAGCCAAGCAUAAGUCAGGUGCUACAAGCAGCAGAGGUGACACAACAUCUCCUGGUCAACAGGCCCCUACAAUUUCUGAGGUUGAGGAAGUAGGUAUUCUUGCUAAACGUGGUCUACGAUUUGCUCCAAAUCUUGAUCCGUACAUCACUGACAUCAUAGCAGAAGCAGAACUGAUGGGUCAGUUGGGUCUACCACUCCCCCCACAAGUUCGCGACUUGGCUGCACAGAAGGAAAGGCUGCAGACUGAUCUGGAAUAUGUCACGAGAGUUGCUGAUGAAUAUGGACGUUUAGUUGACAGCUUAACAGCACCAGAGGUGCAUUUUCUUCGAGACCAUCUACAUGAAGCUGAAAGUCACAUACUGCCUGGGGCAGUCCGUCUAAACUGGAUGUCAUUGGGCAUACCACAGUAUGCAGAUGAUUGUCAGAGUGCUUUGCGCACGCUUGAAUCAAUGGUGUACCAAGUGCGGAAAGUUGGCAAUGAACUGCGUGUACGCACUCAGCAACUUGAGAGUUACAACUUAUUCCAAGCCACUUUGCCUGACAUGUCAGAUCCUGAUACUGUUGAAAGGCUUACCUGUAAGAAGUUCUUUGUUGAGAUGGAAAAAAAGCGCACUGAGCAGGCUCAGAAGAUGCAAGAGGUAUAUGGAAGUACUGGACCAGUAAUGAUGAAACUUGAAAGUGUUGUCCUGCAAACAAGUACUGGCUGUUGCCCUCUUAUGAUACCUUACUAUGAGUUCUGGGAACAUGAGAUUUUCAUUUCACUUGUAAGGUUGAUGUUGUUACCACGAUGGAAGAGGCAGACAUGCAUUGAGUGUCCACCUGUAAGAGAUGCAGCUACGGGAAAAGAGUAUUUGUAUUCAUUUUAUGAAGAUGUAACAAGGAUACAAGUUGUUGUUGACUUGGUACUGUCAGUACAAGACACAGUAACAAGUGUCAUCGCAGAGUUGGCACAAUAUCUUACUAGGUGGCGAAAAUUCAGAAAACUUUGGAUGUUUGAUAAGACUCUAACAAAUGAAAGGUUUGCUGCCAACAACCCUACAUUACUUGCGUAUGAUGAAAAAUUUGGAUAUUAUACUCGUGUCAUAAAUGAAAUUCAAGAUAUUCAGCCAUAUGUAGAUAUUAAAAGUAUGAGGAUAAACUUGAAACCUAUCAUAAACGCAGUCAUCCAUCAUGCAACUGAGUGGAAGGCUCAACUUGGGCAAAUACUAGCAAAGAAGACAAAGUCCAAUAUGCAAGCUUUCAGAGAUAGAAUGAUUGAUGUGAAGACAAAGCUAGAGCAAAAAAUUAUUUCAUUAGAAACCUUCAAAGAUGUAUUACAGGCAAUAACUACAAUACAGAGAACAUCCAUUCAAGCAGAAAUAGACUACUGUGAAAUGCAAGAGACAUAUCGUACAUUGCACUUACAUCAAAUUGAGUAUCCUCAUGAGGAUGAAAUAGAAGCACAUCAGCUGCAGAAGGAAUGGGAAGAACUGUAUUUGGCAUCAAUUAGACGUACAUACAAUCUGGAGUCAACGAAAGCACGUUUUGCUACAAUGUCACAGAAGCAGAUUGAUGACUUUGCUCAGCGGUGUGAGGCAUUUGCAUGUCGAUUUCAAGCAGAAGGUCCUGGUUCUGUAGAAAGAGAUCUUGAUCGUGGUUUAGAACUUGUUGAUACAGGUUAUGGUGCUCCAUUUAUGAGUCCAGUAGCACAAGUAGAUGAGCUGUGGCUGAAACUUGUACUGCAAGCAACAAAUGCUAAACUUGUGAUACAUUUGGUGCACACAAAUGGAAAAGCAUUGUAUUUUUUUCAUUUGCAGGAAUAUUCUCCCCAGUUUGCUGAGCUUGAUGAACAGCGUCUUGAAUUCAUGAACACAGAAAUGCUAUUUGAUUUGCCUCCAGCUGACUACUCAGCCUUUGUUGAAGCAAAGACAGAAAUGGAGGGACUGGAGAUGAUAUAUGAUUUAUACAGAUCACAGAAGACUGCUCGUGAGGCAUGGGCAAAGACACUGUGGGUAAACUUGAACCCACAAGUUCUUCUUGAUGGAACUGAGGCAUUCAUGAAAGAAUUCCGCAAAUUGCCACCAAAUGUCAAGAAAUUACCUGUUGGACAGGAGCUGAAUCUUAUUCUGAAGCAGUUUAAAAAUUCUAUACCACUUUUUGUUGAACUGAAAAAUGAGGCACUUCGUGAGCGGCACUGGAAUGAACUUAUGGAUAAAACUGGACAGCAUUUUGACAUGGCUGCAGAUCGCUUCACUUUGGAGAACAUGUUUGCCAUGGAACUUCAUAAAUACCAAGAUAUUGCUGAAGAGAUUAUCAACAAUGCAGUGAAGGAAUUGUCGAUAGAGAAGGGUGUGCGUGAGGUGUCAGAAGUUUGGAGUUCUCUGAAUUUCAUUGUCAUCCAACAUACUAAAGGUGGUGAAGAUCGUGGUUACAUACUUGGACCUGUUGAAGAAGUGGUUCAGGUGCUCGAAGAUAACACUAUGAAUCUGCAAAGUAUGGCUGCAUCACAAUUUGUUGGACCAUUCCUACCAACUGUGCAAAAGUGGGAAAAGGAUUUAAGCACAGUUAGUGAUGUUAUGGAUGAAUGGUUUCUAGUGCAGAGAAAAUGGUUAUACUUGGAAGGGAUAUUUGUUGGUGGUGACAUUCGUACUCAGCUCCCAGAAGAAGCACGAAAAUUUGAUGAGAUUGACAAGACCUUUCGCAAGAUAAUGCUGGAAACAGCGAAGAAACCACUUGUAAUUGAAUGUUGUCUGGUGGAAGGCCGAUUGACUGUACUGCAGGGUCUGAGUGCUGGUCUUGAACGUUGCCAAAAGUCACUCAAUGAUUUCUUGGACUCUAAAAGAAAUGCAUUUUCUCGAUUUUAUUUUGUAUCAGAUGAUGAACUUCUCUCCAUUCUUGGAAGCAGUUCACCAGAUUGUGUUCAAGAACACAUGGUUAAAAUGUUUGAUAAUAUUGCCAGUCUUAAUUUGGAACCAAAUCAGAAUAAUAUAAUAGUAGCAUCUGCAAUGAUCUCAUGUGAGAAUGAAAUUAUGGACUUUCGUGAACCUGUAAUGACGUCAGGGCAUGUUGAGUUAUGGAUGACAAGUAUGCUAGGAGAAAUGCGUCGAACAAACCGGUACAUAACCAAAAAAGCUAUAUAUGACUAUGGGAAGGUCAGGCGACCAAGAACAAACUGGAUGUUAGAUUAUUUAGGAAUGGUGUGUCUUGCUGCAAAUCAAGUAUGGUGGACAGCUGAGGUGGAAAAUGUGUUUAAAAAAAUAAAAGAGGGUAAAAAGAGGUCAAUGAAGGAGUACCUCGAACAACAAAAUAGGCAGCUUGAUGAGUUAGUUGUCAGAGUCAGGGGAAAUUUGUCCAAAAAUGAUCGCAAGAAAUUCAAUACUGUGCUCAUUAUUGAUGUUCAUGCACGUGAUAUCAUUGAAACAUUUGUAAGAGACAGCAUUAUGGAUGAACAGGAAUUUGAAUGGGAAAGCCAACUGAGAUUUUAUUGGGUGAAAUCAGUGGAUAACUUGGUGGUUAGACAAUGCACAGGGAGCUUUGACUAUGGCUAUGAAUAUAUGGGGCUAAAUGGCAGACUUGUCAUUACACCUCUUACAGACCGUAUCUAUCUCACAUUUACACAAGCCCUCUCCAUGCAGCUGGGUGGAGCACCAGCAGGUCCUGCAGGGACAGGAAAAACUGAAACAACUAAGGACUUGGCAAAAGCACUUGGGCUCUUGUGCAUAGUCACAAACUGUGGUGAAGGUAUGGAUUUCAAAGCAGUGGGCACUAUAUUAGCAGGUCUCUCACAGAGUGGUGCCUGGGGAUGCUUUGAUGAAUUCAACCGAAUAAAUAUUUCUGUCUUGUCAGUAAUAUCAACACAACUUCAGACUAUUCGUAGUGCUCUGCUCAAGAAGAUGACACAGUUCAAUUUUGAAGGAAAAGAAAUAUCUCUGGAUAACAAAGUUGGUGUAUUCAUUACAAUGAAUCCUGGGUAUGCAGGUCGCACUGAAUUACCUGAAUCAGUAAAGGCUUUAUUCCGUCCUGUGGUAUGCAUUGUUCCUGAUUUGGAGCUGAUCUGCCUAAUUAUGCUAUUCUCUGAAGGAUUUCUGAGGGCAAAGGUUUUGGCAAAGAAGAUGACUGUUUUGUACAAAUUGGCUCGUGAACAGUUGUCAAAGCAGUUCCACUAUGAUUUUGGACUACGUGCUCUCAAAUCUGUGCUUGUUAUGGCUGGAGAACUCAAAAGAGGGUCACCUGAAUUAGAAGAAGAUGUUGUGUUGAUGCGUGCUUUAAGGGAUAUGAACUUACCAAAAUUUGUAUUUGAUGAUGUACCAUUAUUUCUUGGACUGAUUGAUGACCUGUUCCGUGGUAUUGAUGCCCACAAAGUUCCACGAGUUGAGUAUCCAGAGUUUGGGGCAGCAGUCAAGCAAGUUCUACAGGAGCAACGAUAUAUUGUUCUGCCAGAGCAGGUGAACAAAGUGAUACAGUUGUAUGAAACAAUGAUGACACGUCAUUCAACAAUGAUAGUUGGUCCAACAGGAGGUGGAAAGACAGUUGUGAUUCAUGCUCUUACACGAGCACAAACUACAAUGGGCCUCCCGACAAAAUUAUUUAUCCUAAAUCCUAAGGCAAUAUCUGUCAUUGAACUGUAUGGAAUUUUGGAUCCAGCAACGCGUGACUGGACAGAUGGUCUUCUGUCAAAUAUCUUUCGUGAAAUCAAUAAGCCUCUACCCACAGACCAACAGGAGAGACGCUACAUAUUAUUUGAUGGCGAUGUAGAUGCUUUGUGGAUUGAGAACAUGAAUUCAGUUAUGGAUGACAACAGAUUAUUGACUCUCGCUAAUGGAGAGCGGGUCCGGCUACAACCACAUUGCGCUUUGUUGUUUGAGGUGGGAGAUCUUCAGUAUGCAUCCCCAGCAACUGUGUCACGUGCUGGUAUGGUUUAUGUGGAUCCAAAAAAUCUUGGUUACCAACCAUACUGGUCACGCUGGUUGUCAAUGAGAACAGACGCAAAACAAAAAUUGGCUCUGAAUGAAUUAUUUGAGCGGUAUGUGCCUGACGGACUUCGGUUUAUACAUGAAGGAGUAUUUGGUUAUGACCAAUUUGCACCUCUGAAGACAAUGAUACCACAGACACCACUGAAUAUGGUCGUCCAGCUUUGCUAUGUUCUUGAGGCACUUAUUCCAGUCCCAGAUGAGACUCAUCCACCUGUAAUGGAGGAACUCCUUGAGAGUUUAUUUAUAGAAGCUCUGUAUUGUUCACUUGGUGCAACCCUGCUAUCUGAAGGAAUGGAGCAAUUUGAUGAUUAUGUGAAGAAACAGUCAGGAAUACUAACACUUGAAGAUACAGAGCAGAAGAGGUCACCCACAAGAUACCUGCCCAUUGGCCAUCCAACACUAUAUGAGUACUUCGUGGAUGUGGAGAAAGAUGAGUGGGUGGCUUGGGAAUGGGUGGUGCCGAUAUAUGAACAUGAUCCUGAAAAAAAGUUCAGUGAGAUUCUGGUUCCCACUACAGAUUCAGUGCGCACCACUUGGCUUCUGACACUUAUGAAUGAUGUGAGUCAUUAUAUUAAGGAUAGACUAGUGUGGAGAGUGAAGAGACCGGUAGUGCUCAUUGGAGAAACUGGAACAUCAAAAACAGCAGUAAUUCAAGAUUUCUUGAGGCAGCUAAAUCCGGAGACAUAUCUGGUGCUAAAUGUUAACUUUUCUUCUCGCACAACUUCAAUGGAUGUGCAAGGUAAUAUUGAAGCGUCAUUGGAAAAAAGAACAAAAGAUACAUAUGGACCACCAAGGGGGAAGAAAUUGGUCAUUUUCAUUGACGAUUUAAAUAUGCCACAGGUUGAUGAAUACGGUACUCAGCAACCAAUAGCAUUACUGAAACUAUUAUUUGAAAGAGGAGGAUUUUAUGAUCGAGGAAAAGAACUCAACUGGAAAGAACUAAAGGAUCUUGGGUAUCUGGCUGCAAUGGGAAAGGCUGGAGGUGGUCGUAAUGAAGUGGACCCUCGUUUUAUUUCAAUGUUCAGUGCUUUCAGCAUGAUCUUUCCAUCUGAUGCGACACUAUAUCGAAUCUAUUACUCAAUAUUGGCAGGGCAUACUGAGCCUUUUGCAGAGGAAGUUCAGAAAGUAGUACCUGACAUCAUGAAGCUAACACUUGAUCUCUACAAGGUAAUAAUUGUUAAACUGCCACCAACGCCAUCUAAGUUCCACUAUAUCUUCAAUUUGCGUGACCUUUCUCGAAUAUGUGCUGGUCUAUGCUUGACAUCUGCAAGUUACUUCAAAUCUCCAGAGUUAUUUGUGAGAGUCUGGAGAAAUGAGUUCCAGAGAGUGAUCUGUGACAGAUUAAUCUGUGAUGAGGAUAAAACAGUAAUUGCUGAGCACAUAUCAGCAGGCUUGAAACGAUAUUUCCCUGACUAUGCUCAAACUGUUAUGGAGGAACCUCUUCUAUUUGGGGACUACCGAAAUGCCAUAAGUGAAGAUGAGCAGAGGGUUUAUGAAGACCUGCUUGACUAUGAAGCUAUAUAUCGAAUAUUUAAAGAGAUUCUUGAUGAAUACAAUGAACGCCUCAGCCGCAUGGAACUGGUGCUAUUUGAUGAUGCACUUGAACACCUUACCCGUGUCCAUAGGGUGCUACGCAUGCAUAAGGGGCAUGUUAUGCUUGUUGGAGUGGGUGGAAGUGGAAAACAAAGUAUUGUAAGACUGGCAGCUUUCACUGCAGGUUGUGAUGUGUUUAUGAUCACACUGAGCAGAGGCUACAAUGAAACAAGCUUCAAAGAAGACCUAAAACAGCUGUACUAUCUUUUAGGAGUGGAGAAGAAACCUACUGUAUUCGUGUUUACAGCUGCACAGGUAGCUGAAGAAGGUUUUUUGGAACUGAUUAACAAUAUUUUAAUGGUUGGUAUUGUACCUACAUUAUUCACUGAUGAAGAUAAGGACCAAAUCAUUGGACAGUGUCGAAAUGCAGCAAAGAAUGCAGGAUAUGGAAUUACCAAGGAAAAUGUGUGGAACUAUUUUACAGCAGUUUGUGCUGAUAACUUGCAUGUGGCAUUAUCAAUGUCUCCUGCAGGAGAUAUUCUUCGUAACAGGUGUCGGAACUUCCCUGGGCUUGUCAAUAAUACUUGCAUAGACUGGUUGUUCCCAUGGCCACGUCAAGCUUUGGUUGCAGUUGCAAGUGUCUAUUUAAUGGAGAAUGAAAAAAUACCACAGAAUUAUCGUGAGAACAUUGUAGAGCAUGCUGUGUAUGUGCAUCAGACAGUUGUGGAAUACACGAUAGAAUUCCUGCUCACUCUCCGUCGAAGGAAUUAUGUCACUCCCAAACACUAUCUUGACUUCCUCAAUACAUACCUUAGAUUGCUUGAGGAAAAAAAUAAUUUCAUUCUUGCACAGUGUCAGCGUCUGGAAGUAGGGCUAGAUAAAAUAAGAGAAGCCCAGGAGCAGCUAGGAGAGCUUAAUGCAAAACUAGCUGUACAGGAAGUAGCUGUGUCAGAGAAAACAGCUGCUUGUGAGGCUCUGCUCACAGAAAUCAAGGAAGCAACGGCGCUGGCCAGCAGUAAGAAGGAAAUUGCUGAGGCAAAAGGUCGUGAAAUUGAAGAACAGGCAAAAGUCAUUCAGGCAGAGAAGGAAGAAGCAGAGGAAGUUCUGAAGGCAGCUAUGCCAGCACUAGAAGCUGCUCGUCUUGCCUUAGCUGAUUUAGAUAAAUCUGAUAUCACUGAGAUCAGGGCAUUUGCAUCACCCCCAGAACCAGUACAAACCAUCUGUGAAUGUGUGAGUAUUCUUCUUGGAGCACGUGAAGUGAGCUGGAAGGCAGCCAAAGCUGUAAUGGCUGACCCAAAUUUCCUACGCACUCUGCAGGAAAUGAACUGUGAUCUCAUUACAAAUACUCAGAUACGUGGGGUCAAGACCCAUAUGAAGAAAUCUACCAAAUUGGGUGAAAUGGCAUCUAUCAGUAAGGCUGGAUAUGGCUUGUUGAAGUUUGUGCAGGCAGUUCUUGGUUACUGUGCUGUGUACCGAGAAGUAAAGCCAAAGAAGGAGAGAGUGGCACAGCUAGAGCAAGAGUUUGACAAGGUAAACAUAUACCUGGACAGACUGACUAAGGAGAUCCAGAAGUUUGAAGAAAUGCUCAACAAACUGGGUCAAAAAUAUAGUGAUGCAAUGCAAGAUCGCCAAAUCCUACAAGAGGAAACAGAUAUUAUGCAGAGAAGACUAAUAGCUGCAGACAAACUGAUUUCUGGUCUCGGUUCUGAGAACAUCAGGUGGAAACGGGAUUUGGCAAAUCUCCACAUAGAAAGAGAACGACUUGUUGGCAACUGCCUGCUGAGCUCCUCUUUCUUGUGCUAUACUGCUCCAUUUAGCUGGGAAUUCCGACGGCGCAUGGUGUAUGAUGAUUGGUUAGCCGAUCUGAGGCAGCGGGAGAUACCACUUGCAGAUGUGUUUAAAGUGGAGGCACACCUUUCAGAUGAUGUCGAAAUUAGCAAAUGGACAUCUGAGGGCCUUCCACCAGAUGAAUUGUCAGUACAGAAUGGCAUUCUUACAACACGUGCAAGUCGUUUUCCGCUUUGUAUUGACCCUCAGCAGCAGGCACUUACUUGGAUCAAGAAGAGAGAAGAAAAAAGUAAUCUGAAAAUACUAACAUUUAAUGAUGCAGAUUUUCUGAAGCAACUUGAAAUGGCCAUAAAAUAUGGAUUUCCUAUUCUGUUUCAAGAUGUGGAUGACUACAUUGAUCCAGUUAUUGACAAUGUCAUUGAGAAGAAUAUUAAAUCUCAAAGUGGACGAACGUUUGUAAUGUUGGGAGACAAAGAAGUGGACUAUGAUCCUAAGUUCAGGCUUUAUCUCACAACUAAACUAUCCAAUCCUGCAUUCAACCCUGCUGUUUAUGCCAAAGCUGCUGUCAUCAACUACACUGUAACAGUCUCGGGUUUGGAAGACCAGUUAUUGAGUGUUGUGGUACGUUGUGAGCGAGCUGAUUUGGAAGAGCAACGAGAAAUCCUCAUACAAGAAACUAGCGAAAAUAAAAAUCUACUGAAGACACUUGAGGAUUCUCUCCUCAGGGAGCUGACAACUUCUACUGGCAACAUGUUGGACAACACAGAAUUGGUACAAACCCUGGAGGACACCAAAACCAAGGCUGCUGAGGUUACAGCUAAACUCGCUUUGGCAGCCACUACAGGAAUAGAUAUAGAUCGUCUGCGUGAUGGCUAUAGGCCCGUGGCACGAAGAGGGGCCAUUCUUUUCUUUGUACUUUCUGACAUGGCAGGAGUCAACCCUAUGUACCAAUAUUCACUCACAGCUUACUUAGGAGUGUUCUUGUAUUCUCUACGUAAAGCCAUGCCAGACACUGUACAAGCAAAGAGACUUGAAAAUAUCAUAAAUACACAUACUAAAAAUGUCUAUGAUUAUGGUUGCACAGGUAUUUUUGAGAAACAUAAACUGCUUUUCUCAUUUCAAAUGACAACAAAACUACAACAGAGUGAUGGGAUAGUUAGUCAAAUGCAACUUGACUUCUUUAUCAAGGGCAGUGUCAGCCUGGAGAAAUCAGCAAGAGCAUGUCCUGCAGCUUGGCUUCCUUCUCAGGGCUGGGAAGACAUCGUGAAGCUGUCUACAUCCUUUCCAGAAGCGUUUGCAACUCUUCCAGAUGACAUUGAGAGUAAUGUGGAAACAUGGAAGGAGUGGUUUGAUCUUGAUGCACCAGAAUCUGUGGACUUUCCUUGUGAUUAUCAUCAAAAGCUUAAUAGUUUUGAGAUCCUUAUGCUUGUUCGUUGCUUCCGUGUUGAUCGUGUGUUCAGAGCAGUCACAGAUUAUAUUGCAUCAACCAUGGGUGAAGGCUUCAUUACACCUCCAGUCAUCAGCUUGGAUGCAAUUUAUGAUCAGAGCCUUCCUAAUAUGCCAGUUAUUUUCAUACUGAGUCCUGGUUCAGAUCCAACCAGUGAGUUAAUGAAGUUGGCAGACCGUUGUGGAAGUGGAGGUGGAAAGUUUAAGUAUUUAUCCCUGGGCCAGGGUCAGGAACCUGCAGCUGUUUCUUUAUUGGAGACAGCAGUGUCAAGAGGUCAGUGGCUAAUGUUGCAAAACUGCCACUUACUAGUGACUUUCCUGAGAGAUUUAGAGAAAAUGUUAGAUAGCAUGGAACGUCCGCACCCAGAUUUUCGUCUGUGGCUUACCACAGACCCAACUCCUACUUUUCCAGUGGGUAUGCUACAGAGAUCACUUAAAGUGGUGACAGAGCCUCCGUAUGGACUCAAACUGAAUCUACGCAACACUUACUUCAAGAUGCGAACACAAAGCCUUGAGGCCUGUGAACACCCAGCUUUCAAAUCUUUAGUAUAUGUGCUGGCAUUUUUUCAUGCUGUGGUGCAGGAAAGGCGAAAGUAUGACAAAAUUGGCUGGAAUAUUAGUUAUGAUUUCAAUGAAUCAGACUUCAAUGUGUGUAUGCAAAUUCUUGAUACGUAUCUAACAAAGACAUUAGUCACCAAAGACACCAGAAUUCCAUGGAGAAGUUUGAAGUACUUAGUGGGAGAGGUAAUGUAUGGCGGAAGAGUCAUAGAUGAUUAUGAUCGUCGUAUUGUACGAACCUAUAUGGAUGAAUAUAUGGGAGAUUUCCUCUUUGAAACAUUUGAUAUUUUUUACUUUUACCAUGAUGAGUCUGUGGAGUACAUUAUACCACCAGAGGGAACCAAAGAUGACUAUAUUGAAUAUAUUGACCAGCUGCCCUUGGUGAAUAGUCCAGAUGUGUUUGGUCUACAUCCAAAUGCAGAAAUUGGUUAUUACACUCAAGCUGCCAAACUAAUGUGGUCUCAUCUUAUAGAACUACAACCUCAAGCUGGACCUGCUGGAGGUGGGGUCAGCAGAGAGGAAUUUAUUGAUGGAAUAGCUCAAGAUAUUCUGAAGAAGAUCCCAACACUGUUCAAGAUCCAACAGAUUCGCCAGAAAUUCUAUUCUAAGAUGACACCUAUCAUUAUUGUACUCAUACAGGAGCUGGAGAGAUUUAACAAUUUGCUGGAGAGCAUGAAGAGGACACUGUCAUUGUUACGAAAGGCAUUGGCAGGAGAGAUAGGCAUGGAUGCCACAUUAGACAAUGUGGCAUAUAGUCUUUUCAAUGGCCAGUUACCAAAUGUGUGGAGGAAACUCAUUCCAGCUACAACGAAGAAUCUUGGAGGCUGGAUGGAUCAUUUUGAAAGACGUGUGAAACAAUAUUUCUACUGGGCAAGUUACAGUGACCUGAAAAUAAUGUGGCUGUCAGGGCUGCAUAUACCAGAAUCAUACCUCACAGCACUGGUGCAAACAACAUGCCGCAAGAAUCGUUGGCCACUAGACAGAUCUGCUUUAGCAACAUCAGUAUCUGAUUAUGCUUCAAGGCUGGCUAUUAAGCAGAUUGAAGAUCUCCCAGAUAAUAGCUGGUUGAUAGAGGGUCUUUACCUUGAAGGAGCCCACUGGGAUAUGAAGAAUCGCUGUUUGGCUAGACCUCUACCAAAGGUUCUUGUGGAAGAGUUACCACUGCUGGAAGUUCGUCCUAUAGAGCUACAUAGACUAAAACAACAGAAUACAUUUAAAACACCUGUGUAUACAACUCCACAACGGAGAAAUGCCAUGGGUGUUGGACUUGUCUUUGAGGCAGCCCUUGCAACAGAUGAACAUGAAUCUCACUGGGUACUGCAGGGUGUAUGCCUUACUCUGAACACUGAUUAACUGCAUUACCUAUAAGGUUGCAUUAUAGGGUGUGUAACAGAAGAUGCACCAAUUCCUACUACAUAAGAAACAAUUCUUUUUCAUAAUUUGUUUAAUGUUGUAUUAUAUCAUGAAAUAUAUCUUAUAAAAUAUGAGAUAUUUUUGUAAGUGC